CCCGUUUUCGUUAUUUUGAAACCACCAUCUCUACACAAACGUCAUUUGUCGUUUAUGCCUUGUGUCAAAAAAUUUUUACUUGACUAUUUUGAAAAUUUUGUAAAUCUAAGUUAAAAUCACCCAUGCAAACAGUUUCGUCAUGAGUAGGAGCUAUCGUGAUUGGGCAGUCCUCAAGUUCAUUAUGAAAAAGAUUAGUAUUUUGUUCAUGUGGCUUAUAUAUCACCACUACCGCAACUGAUUUUUUUCAGUGACUAUUUUAAUCCAAAAUCAGGGCCGCCGAGAGCCCCAGGACAAUUCUCCAGAUCGGGCCCCGCAACAAUUUUAUAAAAAAUUAGUCCUCAAGCAAAACUUUCUCUUCCUCUACUUGAAUUUCUCUAAAAAAAAAGGCUUCAAGUAAGAGCUUCCCCCAUCUUAUGUCGAACUUCUGAAAGUAACAAACACCACCGCUGCCGGGCCCCGGGAAUUAGUCCCGGCUGCCCCCCCCCCUCUAGUCGGCCCUGUCCAAAAUUGCUUUCAUACAUAAUUCUGCCGGCAUUCUAUUACCCCAGAAAUUAUCUUAUUACGAACAUAUAAACAUAACCCUUUCCAUCAACAUUUUCUAUCCGCCCUGUAUAAAUAGUAGCCAUCAAAAUUUAAAUUAUUAUCACUAAUAUUAUGAUUUAACCAUGUUUCACACACUAACAAUAUGUCUAAAGAAUUGUCUAAAAUCAAUUGUUUAAUAUUGUAUAAAGAAGGCAACAAUGAUCUCGCGUUAAUGAAACCAAUAUUUAGGAAGUGCAUUUUUGAACAGAUAAUCCGCCCAAGUUUAAACUUCAGAAAUAAUAAAAUAAUAUAUGUCGAAAAUAAAAUAAAUAUUCUACAAAGCCAGCCGUUUUUACAACAAAAACUCAACUAAAGAUAAGAACUCGACUCGACUAACUGGAAUAGCCUGUUUGCAAUGCUACAUAUUCAAUCCUAUAAAGUCUCAGAAUCGGGAGCCAUGUGUGUGUGUGUGUGUGUGUGUUUUUGUAAAAAUCUUAAAUAAAAUGGCCAUCGAAUAGUGAAUCUAGCCUUAAUGAGAUGCAUCCUGUUAAGAAGUUUCAAAUACAUAUUUUAAUUAUAUUACUUGAGGGUAUCCGAUUGCCAAGAGCAAGACAACGAUAUUCUCCCGUUUUGAUAGCUGGGUAAAUUGUCCUGUAUGAUAUAGCCCAAAAACAAGGAAGAAGAAGCAAGGAAAAAACCAUUAAACAUAAAUCAAAUUAAUAAUAAAAUAUAAAUAGUAUAUAUAAUAGGAGUAAAAUGAGAACUUCAUGGUUGAGUCCAGGAGCUUGCUCUAGCCUAGGAAAAGCAAACUAAGCGAAACUGCGUUUGUAUUUAAAUAUUUUUUAGGAUUUUUUUAACAGAAAAGAAAAAUACACUGAUAAAAUAAUUUAAUUUUAAUAAAAAUUGAAUAUUAAUGAAAUGUACUUACAGUCAAAAUUAAAAAUUAAAGGAUCACUCACACUAAUUCUUAUUUUAGUUACUAACCAUUAUAAUUUAAUAUUUUAUUUCUAUCAUUUUGUUAUUCUUUAAAUAAAAACUUCCAAUUUUGACUUUUAUUUUUAAUAUUCUCGUUAUAAUACCUACAUUUUUUUAACUUUUAAAUUGACUGGUAUAAGGAAAUAUCAACAAAUAACAGAUUUAUUUUGGUACAAAACCUUGAACCGAGUAUGAACAUAAUUUAACCAUUAAAUCUCAAUUUAUUGUAAGUUUUGUUAACGAUAUUUUCUAGUUACCGAUAAUUUGUAAUAACAUUUUGCUUAAACUAAAAUUCAUUAAAAUUUCGUGUAUUGCUAACUUAUUGUUGAGAAAAGUAACAUUAAAUUGGUUUAUAGUAUCACGAGGUGUUUAAGUAAGAAUCAUUUUAAUUAAUAUAGGCCGGUAAACUGGGAAUACUAAAGCUCAUUAAACAAAGCAAAUAUUGUAUAUAAAAGUUAAAUAGUGGUGGAAGUGGUGCACACACUACUAGUGAAAUAUUAAUCAAUUGUUUAAUAUGGACAACGUACCUUAAAUCAUAUUUUUUGAUGUCAAGAAAAUAACUGAAAUUAAUCCAAACCCCUUUAAAAAGAUUGAGAACAUAAACACUAUGUAAAUGUUUAUAUCAUGUGGAUGAACUAUCAUUUUAAAACCUGAUUAUAUAUAAUAAAGAUAACAGAAUUGAACUUUAUCUGAUAAGAGAAUUAAAAAAUACUAAAUUUUAUAUUCUGCGAAAAGGUGCAGUACAUUUUCUAAUCGAUUUGAAUUUGUAAUAAAAAUGUAUAACAUUUCAAAAUUAAUAUCAACACCUUCUAAAACGAAUGAAUUUGGUCAGUCUGCUCUACAUAUUGUAUCAAGAAUAGGUGAUUUAAAUUUGUUACAUUUGCUUUUAACCAGAGGCGCAAAUCCUAAUAUAAUAGAUGAAUUUGAACAGACACCUUUGUCUAUAGCUUGCAUUGACAUGCCCAAUAAGAUUAUUGUUAAAUUGUUACUACAGUACGGUGCAGAUGUUAAUUUUAAAAGGAAACUACAUAUGGAUUUAUUUCUUGAAAGUGUCCUAAGUUGCCACACUCAAGAACACCUAGACAUUAUCAACUUACUAAUUGAAAAUGGAAUAAACAUAAAUAUGACUGAUCCAUUAUCAAAUCGUAAUUGUAUGCAUUUUGCCGCUCUAAAUGGAAAUAUGGAUUUAGCAGAGUUACUUUUACAAAAUGGUGCAAUACUGGAUAUCAGGGACAACUUUGGAUUUACACCAAUAGAUGUAGCAAAUAAUCAUAAAAAUUUCGAUGUUUUAACAAUCUUUAUGUCUUUUUUAGCUUUCAAUUAAUUAAUGUUUUAUCGUCAACCGUACAUUAGCUAAAUUAUUAAUGGCCAAAGAGGUUAGAAAGGGUAGAGGUAACAUAGGAAGCAUUUGCCACUGCGCAAAUUUUGCCAAAACCGAAAAACUGGGUGGAAGGAGUAGGCAGAUGUUAUGAGCUGGACUUAAAUAUUUGUAUUGUAGUACCUAAUUUUGGUAACUAAAGGAUAAAAAAUUAUGAGACGUUCUUUUACUUCAUUUGUUAGCACGAUUCAUUUAUGAUGAGGGCAAUAACACUUUAUCAAUAUAAAGCUAGUAGCUAAGGGCUGAUCCCACCGUUAAACGAAGUUAACAUUACUAAACAAAGAUUAAAAUGACAUUGUUUAUAUAAAAAUAUAUAAAAAGUAAAUACUACAGACUUGUCUAAAGAAGAAUAUAUAACGCCUGAAAUUUUAUAAAAAGUGAAUCUACAGCUAGGUACAUGGCAUGUCUAUAUUGAAAGAAAAAAACAUCAGAUUUAAGUAGUUCAUUAUCAUCAACAGGCUUGUUGUGCCUGGAACUCUAAUCAUCAGUUCAAGUACAAACCUAGAAGAAAAAUUUAGAGAAAUCACAGAAAAUACAUCAGAAUAUCUUGCUAAAAAACAUGAGUUGUUUUUUAUAAAAUAUGCAUACCUAACUUGGAAAUCCAUAAUCAAGCAUAAAAUUUGUAAAAUUCAAAAAAAUUUCAAUACACUAACUUUGGUUGUUUUAUUUAACACAACAAAGUAAGACAAAAUUAUCUAAAAAAAGCACAAUGAUUUAAACUUGAGCAUAUUUUUUAAUUUCUAUAUCAUUUCCUUUAAUAAUAAGUAGUUAAACAAGUAGGUCAAUCUCUUUUUUAUUCAAUAUGUUGUGAAAAAGUAAAAUCUUUUUACAUAAAAAUAU